GGCCCAUUUCGGGCCGCUAUGGCGGGCCCGACGGCGGCGGCGGCGCGGCCGCUCCGCGGUAAAUCCUUCUACCUGGACGUGCCGAGCGGGCGGAGCGCGCGGGAGCUGGCGGAGGCCAUCCGGCACCUGGGCGGGGUGACUGAAAGCUUCCUGAGUAAAGAAGUCAGCUAUGUGGUUUCCAGCAGCAAAGAGGCCAAACGAGACAAGGCCAGGACUCAUACCGAGAAGUGGAGCAAUGCUACCUCAGAAGGUGCAAAAGCCAAGAGCCCAGUGCCUUCUGCCUCCAAGGGGAACUAUACCAGACCUCACCAGAAGCCACCAGAUGCUGCCCUGAUCAGCCGAGGAAAGGAACUGCUGCAGAAGGCCAUGAAGAAUCAGGACUCCUGCAGUGGCAAUGGUAUCCUCGCCAAUGCUCGUUUGUGGGGAGUCCAGAUCGUGCACGUCGAUGAAAUGCUAUCAUACGCUCAACAGCUGCUGCGUGCCAUCUCAGGAGCAAGGAAAAGGAGCCAGAAGAUGGAGGCAAAAUGCGUUGUGUCUGGAUCAAAAGUUCGCAAAGGAAAACUGAAGCCCCCUUUUCUGAAGGUUGAAGACAAGAGCAGGCAAUUCCGACCCUUCCAUCACCAGUUCAAAAGCUUUCCUGACCUGAACUUCCUGGCACCCAAAAGCUCCAGCCCAUUUGAACCUCUGAAAAGCCUCUUGAAUUCCUGCAGGGCCAGGGACAUGGAGGGCUGUCCGAUGCGCAGCGAGGGAGAAAAGAGCCCCCAAUCCACACCAGUCACUGUGCCAAAGAAGAAGAGGGGAUUUUGUGAGUGCUGCCAAGAGACCUUUGAUGAGCUGCAAAAGCAUCUCCAGAGCCCCCAGCACAAGCAGUUUGCACUGGAUGACUCUCAAUACGCCCCUGUGGAUCAUGUUAUCUCACAGCUCACCAACAACUUUGUAGAGCAGUCAGCCAAGGUGCCGUGGUCCUGCCUGACAGAUGAACACUUAAUGCCUCAAGCACAAGUUGCCAGAGGAAAUGAGAUGCUGACAGCUGAGCUGGAAAAAGAGAGCCAGGAGGCUCCUGUGGAACAGUUUAUUGAUGCAGAGGCGGAUCCUGGCCUGAAGAUGAAGGAAUGUUCCACUCACCUGCCCAGUAACAGGCUUAGUAAUCUCAGAGAAGGAAGAGGAUUUUCUGAGAGCUGCUCGCUGGGGCUGUCUGCUGGAGCAGGACUCACUAGAGGGGUUUGUGCUGUGCAGGGCACCACAGAAGGAUCUGUUGUGAGGGACACAGAUUCAGGUGUGGCUCCUAGCCUGGGCCAGGAGACCCUUGCAGAGACUGCUCAGGUCAGAAUAGCAAUUGCUUCUUCAUCUGAGCUUCAUAAACAACAAAUGCUUGGGCCUGUCAGCCAUCUUCUGGAAACGCUGCCCAUCUCCAGGAAACGCCAGCUCUCCUCCAGACAGAGCACCCAGGUAGGAAAGAAGCCCAGGCUGGAGCUGGCUGGUGCCCUCUCUCAAUAUCAGCAGACAAGCCAAGUGGAUGGUGGGAUGAGUGUGCAGGAUGCAGGGCAGAUAUCUGAGCUGGACUUGCCCAGUGUAGCACAGGCUGGUAGCUUGCCCUUAAGCACAGAGCUUUCCACCAGACUUCAUAGCUCCACUGUUCUGGAGCUGUGCCUAUGUGGGGACCCUGGGGACCCUGCAACACAGCCAGCUUCCCUUGAAGCUGUUUCUGUGGGGUUUGAUCCCACAGAGAUGGCUGCAGCAAGCACCAUCAGCCAGUAUGGCUGGAGUAGAGUGAAUGCAAUUUCCCAUGGGAAGCAGCUCAGAGAGGAGGAAGAAUGUACACCUUUGAGUGUGGACAGUCAUGAUCCAGAGUGCAGGACCUCUGCAGUGAGCAAGACCAACUGUCCUGCUGGCCAGCUGCCCUCACAAAAACUGCGUGUGGCUGAAGCUAGAUGUUGCUGCUCUCCCUGUGUUGGAGCAGCAGAGAAAGUAACCCCUGAACUACCUGACCUCCCAGGCCAUAGCAAAGAGUUGACUCCUGGCCCUGGGCUCCCUCUUCCUCACAAAAUGCAGGCUGACCUUGACUUCAGGACAGCUUCUGAGUCAGACUGGGACAUCCAGCUGCUCUCCGCAUUAACGGGUGUCCAGGACAGCAAGAUUCUGCCUGUGGACAGGGACUUGCUCCGAAGGACAUGUGUCAGUAUAAGGGACAGUGGGUAUGAGUCUCAGCUCUGCUCAGUUCUGAAGCGGAAGUCAGAGCUUGACUGGGCAGGCAAAGACGACAAGAACUGCUGGAAGUACUGUGCAGAGACUGAAGGAGCUUCUUUCCCCAUAUGAGACCUCUCUUGGCAACUGGACUAGUUAAAACCAUCUCCUGGCUGUUCUCUGGGCCCUUAAUGGGAGCUGUGAAAUGGUUUGAAAAGGACUUGACAAACCACCUUCCCUGUCAGGGCCAAGAACAGUCUAUGAGGCACAACUGAGAGCUGGAGUGAAGACAGCUGCAUGGUCUCCUCCAGUCACUGCAGACAACCUGGGCUGGGCCUGAAGGAUUGAGAUGUGCUGACACCUCACUGGCAUGGUUUGUCCAGUGCUACCUUCCCUAGCUUCUGACAUUCAGGGGAGCAACUUUCUUGCCUGAUUUCCUGGAGGAAAAAUGCCAGUGGCUGCAAGUCAGAGGUCUGCUCUUGGUGGCUACGUUUCACUACACCUGUGAGAUAAACAUAUUGUAGCAGGUUGAGCUUGGAAAACAGCUCUCAGUCCCAACCUCAGCAGGAUGGGGUGAUAAAUCCUUCCUUCUCAUGCAGUCAUUAGGAUUUUAAGCUUUACAGGUCUCCUGCUGGGAACUAUUGGGUGAUUCAGAAAUUCAGCCAUCUUGAGAGGGGCUCGGAUCUUCCCUCCUGUUUAACUUCUUUUUUUUUUUUUUUUUAACCUGAUGGCCUCCCUCUUUAAGUGCUUACCAGGCUCCUGACAAGAUGGUUUUUCUCUAGAAGUAAGUCUUCAGCAGGAAUAUGCUCUCUGCUUUUCCAGAUUCAGAGAGCCCUGCCCAGAGGAGGGCCAUGGAGGUGAGGUCUGUGCUCUUCAUAUGGUUUGGGGUUUUAUUGGAUGUCUUUGCGAGUAGCUACAGAUAAUUGUAACUAGUCCUAAGUUGUUUAGCAUUCUUUUAAAC